GCUGUUUUCUUCUGCAGCAACCUAUCGUUCCCCAAUUCAAAGACCGCUUCAAGGAAGAGAGCCUUGGACUGUUGGCAAAUUAGGUUUUUGCGUCUCCAACUCAGGUGUUUGUGGAACAUGGGUUUUCUAUGUUGUUGCUACUCUGCUGUCAUUUCUUGAGUUAUUGGAUAGAUGCUGAGAGUUUGGCAUUUGGAAUGAUUGUCAUGGUUUGAUCAAUUGUACAUAAGUUGGUCUGUUUUCUUUAUACAGACAUUGUUUUCUACAAAUAUUUAGCCAUGGCUUCCAAUGAUGAUAUAGUUGAGGGCUCUAUAUCUACUCUUCUUAUUGAUUCCUUGAGGACUAAUCAGAACGGAGAUGCCCUUUCACCUGAAGAAAUAGCAUGGGUUGAUUCUUGUCUGAUUAAAGAUCCAGAAAUUUCAGAUGGUGAUUGGAGUUCCAUGAAAGAUGCCUUGAUAGAAAUCCUAGGUUUGCAACCUGAUUCUCAUGACUCUUCUGCACCUGGAACUGACAGCUUUCCUGGAGGAACUGACAUUGAGAUGCUUCAUUCUGCCGAACCAGGACUUGUUAAGUCAUCUGGAGGAACUGAUGUUGGUUCUAUCAAAAUUAAUAAAGAAACGGAAACAAGCAAUGAUGAAUUUCCAAUCAAGGAGGAGUGUGGCAAUUCAUUAUCACAACAUUUUCAGGGAGAUCUCUCAGUAAGUUUGAGUAAUGCUUUUCUGCCAAAUUACAGGGAGGAAAACAAGAGAAUGAGUGAAUCCAUUGAUUCAAGGCUCAGUAUUGGUUGUUCAACAGAUGAGAUAGAGCCAUCAAUUGAGGAUAUCUUUAGGAUCUGGGAUUUGGGCAUUCCUGUAGAGGAAGAUGAGUUUGUUAAACAGUUGAACAAGGCCCUUUCAGAAAGUAGUGAUCAAUUGAUUCCAUCAAGGACUGAUGAUUCGGGGGCAUGGAAGGAUUGUAAAGAAGAAUCAGUUGAUGAUUUAAUUGCUGGCAUUGCAGACCUGUCUUUGACUGAGCGUUUUAAAUAGAAAACAUGUUCAUAGUAUAAUCUCAACAUCUGUGUAGUUGAAUUUCUUGAUACUAACAGCUAACAGGGUUUUUGGAUGCUGCAUUUAGUGUUUUAUGUGAUAUUUGAAAAUGGAUCAAUGUGUUUUAGGGAUUAAUGAUAUGAUAUAUGCGUUUUCAGAUCUAUAAAAGUCACCAUUUGAUGGUC